GGAGGAUGCAUUUUUUUCCGGCUUCCCCUUGCAAGGUUGUGGCGAGGACAAAUUCAUCAGUAUUCAUAGCAGCCCUUUGAUUAUCUGCAGGCUAAAAACAAUUACGGGGCCUCGGCUACAGAAGGCGGUGAUCAGGAGUCAUGGGGAGAAAUGCAAAUGCCGGGGCGACACGUAGGGCUAAAAAAUAUGGGUUUGGGUGGGUAAACAGGGGAAACUGGGAUGGUCAAUGGCUGUCUCACUUCCAGGAGGAAGGUGUUGAGGACUAUAAAAGGUCUCCUGGCCCGGCUCGCUUCAUUCGCUCGCCUUCUCCUCCCUUCACCUCUCCUCGCUCUUCAAGAGGCUCUGCCAACCCUCCAACCGACGAGAUGCCCAACGGAGGCUGCGGCUGCUGCGGAGGAGGGAGAAGCUACUCCGUGACCUGCUACAGCAGCCCCAAGUGCUGCAAGACCCCCAUGUGCUGCUCCCCCAUGCAGUGCUGCAGCCCCUGCUGCACGCCCAUGCAGUCCUGCUGCAUGCCCAUGACCUGCUGCUACACCAUGAGCAGCAACAACAACAGGGGCUGCUGCGGCGGCUGCUGCGGCGGCAACUGAACCCGCCUGCCCUCCCCGGCUCACCCUGCGCUUCUGGACGUGGAUUUGGAUAUGGACACCACCCCUGCUCUGCCUACAGGCCGUAGA